UUCUGCGUUUUCGAUAGAAACGUUAAGCGAAAUGUGCGAUGUCGGGUCCAUUAAAGCUUGUGAAGCCUUGGUUGUAUAACGUCAAAUAUGACAUUUCAAAAAGGGAGUCAUAGUUGCGGUUGAAUCACAAACGUGAGCGAGAACUUGACUGUCUUAUUGAGCACCUGGGUUAUAUUUGUAUAAAAAUCACAUUAGAAAUUAUCUGCCGAGUGUCGACCAGGACUGGACACUAGAAGCUGCAUGGCUUCUCUCUAUGAACAACUUGAAUGACCCCCCAGGAUGGAACUUCGGACCAGACCGGCGAGGAGACGGGGACAGCAACAAGUGGAAUUAUGCUCUUCUUGUGCCCGUGCUUGGCCUGGCAGCCUUUCACUGGAUCUGGACCAGAGAGUCAAAGAGGGAGAUUGGGGAGGUGAAAGCUGGGUACGCCCGAGAUCUGACGGCCGUGUCCAACAGGCUGGAGCGGAAGUACAGGCAGGCCAUGACGGAGAGCCGUCGGGCAGCGGUCCGCGUGGAGCUGGAUCUGGAGAAGGAGCGGCAGCGCGCGCAGGGCUACAGGCAGGCGGUCCACUCCCAGGGCCAGCAGCUCCUGGAGGAGCGCAAGCGGCUACAGGAGGAGCGCCAGGCGCUGGAGGAGGAGAAGCAGCGGGUGGCGCAGCGCGGCGCGGCAGCCGUCCUCCUCGAGGACGCGCUGGGACGGGAGAGCGAGCGGCAGGCUAGCGCCGCGGCGGUGCUGAGCGAGUUUGAGGCCGGGCUGGUGGAGCGGCAGAGCGCUUUCUGCAAUGCCUUCCUCCCCCGGAAGUGGCGGCUGGAGAUGGAGAGGGACCUACUUAACCGGGCCGCCGCGGAGCCGCUGGCCGCGGAGCUGAACAUGGAGAGCGAUCUGGAGGACAUCUUCAGAAAUGACCGCCACUGCGAUGUCCUGACCGGGGACAAGCGGAAGAACGGCAGCCUGAUGUGGUUGUACCUCAGGUUCUGGCAGCUGCAGGUUACUUUGCAGAAACACAAGAGGGCACAGGAAUCUCUACUGGGUGUGAAGCCAAACCAAAAGUGACCUCACCAGGAUAACUAUGAGAACCUGAAGCUGCUCUGUGGAGAAAGUAUUGAUAUUGCUGACACGAACAGGGCUUUUAGUGUGCAUUAAAAACAUUGGGCAUGAUAGUACUAUCUGCUAGCAUAUGCUAUUUUUGCAGUGCUGGCAAAAUGUGAGUCAACUUUUACAAGUCAGAAAAUGUUCUGAUCACUUUUUGGUAGAAUCACUAGGUUUGACUGUACGGGUAAUGUUUAACAGUCAUUGCAGUGAGCACAUGCAAGUAAUUCAGUUUUAGAAUGUCUGGUGUGCUGAAAGAGUAAUUUAAUUGAAAAGCUGUGGUUUGAUGUUGUUCCUUUACAGUUUUUUGAAUAUAUGCAUUAGCCCUGAACUGGGUUACAAAAUCACUUUGCUUGUGUUCUUAGUUGUUGAACAGGAAAACAAGUGUUUUAUAUGUAUAACUAAGGCUGGGUGUUUAUAAUGGAAAAUAUUGGUGAAAGUCACAGAGCGGUCACAGCAAAGUUGUUGAAACUGAGCUUCCUCAAGCUACUAAAAUAAUGAAAUAGG